AUGUACAUUCCCAAUUUCCAGUACCUCGCCACUGCUGCCCUCGGUCUCUCGGCUGAGCUCAUGAAGCCAUCCAAGGUCUCCUCUGGCUCUGUCAUGGACUAUGCAGUGGAGCAAUGCAUCGACGAUGAUGGUAACAAGCGCUGCACCGUCCCCUUCCUCGUGACCAAGUCGACUUGCUACAAGAUCAAGUGGUCGACCGACGGCGCCAUCAGCCACACCACCGCAGAGUUCCGUGACGCCGGCAGCAACGAGCUGGUCUACUACCGCGACACAAACGGCGAGUGGACCCCGGAAAAGGGCGAGCUUGUCUAUCUCGACUUCAAGCCCAAAGUUCCCGCCCAGGGCAACAAGACAGUUGACUACAAGGUCACGACCUGCGAGUAA